GAUACAGGAGAGAGAGAGAGAGAGAGAGAGAGAGAGAGAGAGAGAGAGAUGAACAAUAUUCUGCCAAUACAGAUUUAUCUCUUCUGCUCUAAUUCACCGGCAACAUAAUAGUCCAGGUCGAUAUAUCCUUCCUCUCUCUCUCCCCCUGUCCCUCUCUCUCCGCUCCUCUCUCCUCUCACUCUCUACCUCUCUCCACCACACACACAUACACGCGCCGUCAGCUUGUAUGCGUCCCUCCUCGAGCCAGCGGGUGGCCGCCUGGCUGCUCGCGCUGCCGUUGGGGAGAGGUGGAGAGGAAUGCGCGCGCCGCGGCCGCCUGGAGAUGAUCUCGUUUUGGUUGCUGUGCUGGAAGCUGUUGAGAGCAACAGCUGGGCUAAGGAGGGCCACAGCUGAGCUAACGGACGUCAACCACGAGAACAGCAGCUCUGGAAACAAUAACCUUGUCAACGACUCUCCCACUCCUAUACAGCCAACAGAUCCAGUUGCCAUGGAAAUCAGUUCAUCGCCACCACUAACAGACAUGGAGAGAGAAAACUUGGUCAGCUGGCACAGUCAGGAAGUGGAGGAGCUCCAUUACCCAGAGGUCCUUGGGGUGCAGCAGCCAAUCGGGGACAAGCAGGAGGAAGAUGAGGCUGCAGAGAAAGACAAUGGAAAAAGAGAUGGAGAUGAGUGUGACUAUCUUGUUUUUGAGAUAGGAGAGAAGAAGGGAAGGGGUGAAGAAGACAAAAGUGAAGGAGGACACACCACUGACAAAGGAGGAGAGGGAGAAGAAGAUGGAGAAAGAGGAGAAACAGGAAGAAAAGAAGAAGACAGUGGAGAAACAGAGAAGGAUGAAGGAGGAAGAGGAAAAACAAAAGAAGAGAAUGGAUGGAUUGGAGAGACAGCCGGAGAGAUGAAAGAUGAUACUCUGUCAGAGCUCCUCUUCAUCUCUGAUAGCUCAGUGUGUCCUUCAUCAUCAGAGCCCCCGACUGUCACCUCAGAUCCUUCAGAGCAACCUGCAGCAGCCAUGGUACAUGAGACCUGGGGUCACGACCUCAGCAACAGAGAUGAUCUUAGCGACAGUCACCUUAGUGACUGUCUUCAAGCUGAAUUGGCUAUCGUGUACUCGGACAGCGAGGCAGGGGAGGAUCAAUGGGCAGCCUUCACAUCCUGUGAUGUCACUAACCAGGAAGAAGCAGGUGGCGGGAUUCAGAAUAGCAUCUGUGAUGGAGAGCGCAAGGAAGAGGAGAGAGGUGUGGACGAUGAGGAGAGAGGGGUACAAAAGGAUAAGGCAGAAGUAGAGACUGGAUGGGAGGAGCUAGAUGGGAGAAGAGGCAGGGAUGAUGAUGAGGAGCAAAUGAGAUCAAGGAGAGAUCUUUUCCUGCGAUCUCCUUCUGUCAGCUCCACAGCCAGCUCCACAGACCCCGACAGGAAGGUUCCUGUAGAUUUCUGUGUCCAACAAGAGACCCACAGUGAAAAUGUCUCCACUGAGCAUGUGGACUUUCUGUUGGCCCGCCAGCAGUGGAGGAAAAUGGAGGAGGAGGUCAAAGGUCAGCCAAUUCCCAAACCAGGGCUCAGAGCUCAGGGGAGUUUCCAGGGAACCCACACUGCACUGUACCCCCCCACUCGCAGCCCCCGACUCAAACACAGGGAAAUGCAACCACCAGUGCCCAGGGAGCCCCCCCUGUCCUCCACCCUGUCCCCCACUUCAGAGGACUCAGGCCUGGAUGACUUGUCAUACCGCAGCCCACUGGAGGAGCCAGAGAGCGCUGUGGAGAGAGAGAUCCGACUGACUCUGGAGAGAGAGGAACGACACCGCAGGGAGAGGGGGGGGAUUUCACAGGGCCUCACUAUACCCAGACCCUCUACGUUGCAAACAGGACGAUCUCCACCCAGACCUCCAGCCUGCCGCACCCCUACCUUGUCCAUCUCCCCAUCACCUUCCUGCUCCUCCUCCCUUCCCCGAUCUGUCUACCAUGAAAUGACAGCCAAUAAUGUCAUUAUCUUGGAGCCCGACUGCUCCAGCUCUGCCUCCAGGAACCGCUUACUCUCCUCUGCAAUUGGGGGCCUCUCCGAUUGGCCAACAAGCCAGGAUGCAGUUCCUUCCGCCAGUGUCAUUGUAGUGGAAACCUCCAAUCUCAUCAUUCGCAGUGCUUCAGAGUUCUGCCUAAGCUCCGCCCCUGUAUCAAUGGAAAUGCAGGAGAGCACUUUUUCAUCCAAUCCGUUCUUUAAGCUACGUUCCCUCAGCAGCCAAUCGCUGGUGGAGCAAGAGAUCCGCUUGGUGAGACAGAGGGAGGAGGAGUGGAGGAAGCAGAGGGAGGAGAUGUGGAGGAGGAGGAGGGAGGAGGAGUGGAAAAGAGGGAGAGAGAGGUAUGACACUGUGCUGGUGUCUCCAGGCCUGAACGAUAGCAUCAGCUACAACGUGCCAGAGGUCCCAGACAGAUGUGUCUCCUCCCCAUCAUCCCCCUCCAGGACCCGCAAAAUGGAACGAUCCAGUAUGUCUUGUGACCACAAGUUCCCCCCUUGUCUCUCUUCGGUGUCAAGACGACCAAACGCCAUGGCGCAGCGAUGGGAGGCCUCCCUAUUAGCCAAUCAGAAGAAGGAGUGAGCAACAACAGUGCUCAACUAUCAGCCAUUUAAAAGCCAAAAUGAAAUCUUACGCCUCUAUUCCUUCGUCCUUCUGUCCAGAAAACUCUCACAGUCCUGUCUGUCUGCAGCUGAUGUCUGAUGUUUGUCACCGCUGUGGGUUUGAAACCAGUGGGUCACAAAUGUGUUGUCUGAAGGAUGCCCCAUGAGAGAAGGACUGUUUCUUUCAGUCAGCUUGGUUUCAAAGAUUAAGGUAAUUAAGCUAGUUUGACUUUCUACUAUGAAAAUGUUAAAAAGUUUCAUAGUCAAAGUGGUCUUUUGCAUGACGUCUGAAACAGUAUGACUGUAUGAAACAAUGGAACUGCCAGCCAUGUCACAGUUUAGACAUUUUUUAUGUACUGUAUAUUAUAACUUUUGUGGACUUGUAAGGCACAGGAGGCUUGUCAUAAUAAUGACUGAAUACAAAGUUACAAUUUAAUAAUACCACUGUUUUUGAUAUUUCACCCAGAUUUUAUGAAAACCUUUGAAGCACAUGUCAGAAUCUGCGGUAUUCUCCUUUAAUAUUUAGUAUUAACAGCACUUUGAUAUCUAGAUAUGUGUGAAUUAUGGUACUGGUACAGCUGCUGAUAUUUAUUGAUUUUUAUGACUGACUGACUGUAAUGCAAUGAUUUUCAAACUUUUUCUGGGCAGUCACAUUUUAAUUUCACAUAUUAAUUCAGUCUAUUUAUUUUAAAAUGACAGACAACAUACAGCAUUUUUUUAUAUUGUAGCUAUGCAUAGCAAAGAUUUGAGACGGUAGCCUACAUGCAAAAAAAAAAAAAAAAAAAAAGAUAUACCAUAUUGUGUUCUUUUCAAAUGACACUAUGUGUAUUUUACCAACCCAGACUUUGAAAAUCACUGCAAUAGUGAAAUGUUAUAAUGAGCCAUAUAGAUCAAAAGAGUUUUGAUGUUCCAGGUUUCCAUGUUGGCCAAAGACUGCUGGCUGCUAACUGGAUAGUACCAUAGAGUGCCCCAGGAAUAAGUUCUAAAAUCUGGAAAUGAGUCAGCAUUUUAGCACUGGCGGUUCCCUCGUCUCAAAGUCAGUGGGUUUUUUGAAUGGGUUUUUGGUUAGAUUCCUGAAAUAAGGUCUGUAGUAAGCGUGUAAGUACCAUAAACGUUUGUUUGCCACAGAGUUUAUUUUCUGCAGUAAUCCAAAAUCCUAUGGAAAAAUCCCGUAGGCUUAAACCAGGGCAAAACUAACUUUCUUGUCAGCCUACACAUUGUAGAAAGACAUAAUGUAUUUUAGCUAGGGAUGUCAAAAUAAUGCAUUAAUUUUGAUAAAUUAAUCAAAGAAAAAUUAACGCAUCAAAAAAAAAACACUGAUUGAUCACAUUCCAUGGUGCCCUUUGACCCGGUGCGUCAUUAAAGGCCACAGGGGCUUUGUCAUUUGAUAGAGACAGAUGAGACAAAGCUGCUUGGCCCCAUAAAUGGAACAUAUACAUUUGAUAAACGCCCAGAUGGAACUGUUGAUAGGAGCACGGUUCUCAGCAGUUUCUGCAGUAAGUAAUUUUUUUACCAUCAGAGUACUUCCAGCCUGAAAUAUCACCUCAACACAAAGCAUAUAGCAAUGAACCUGCAGAGUCCUGAGCUAGCACAGCCUCUAUUGCUAGCGCUAUUAGCCAACCGCGUAAAGCCACAAUCAACCAGGUGUUCAGACGCAAACUGAGUUAAGUCUAUACUGUGAUCGACUAACUAACUCCCUUGCAAAAUGGAUUGAAAAGGACUCUAGACCAUUUUCGGUGGUAAAGGACAGGAGGACCAUUGUGUCCAAAAUCCAGUAACUUUACGACCGACUGCCAAAAUUCAUUUGAAUUGAAAUUUUUUGUAAAUGAUUUUUGAUUAAUAAUCACAGAGCCUGUAAUUAAUCAGAUACAUUUUUUAAUUGCUUGACAACCCUAAUUUCAACAUUAAAAAGUUAGUGUCCAGGCUGCUUUAAGUUGACUGAAUUUGAGAAGACAAGUUGAGGUACUUUUGUAAUGAUUCAAUGUGUCGUCCCAAAUUCAGUCAGCUUAGAAAUUAAAGGCAGCUCCCACACUAACUUUUUUAAAUUAAAUACAAAUAGUUUCAUUUUACAGUGCAGAAAAUGUCAUUGCUGGAGCACUCUAUUUGGGUCACAGUGGCACAGACUAGCUUUUGCCUCUGCUUUGGAGGACAUUGCUUGUUACCGCGAUAGUGUUCAGGAGUGGGGUGCAGUUUUGUGGUCUUCUGAUUAACUCAGUGGGACAAUGUAAACAGCAGUCUUUUUUGAGGACAUCGUCUUCAACUUGCAAACCAUGCUAGCGUUCUUUACUUUUAGCUUUCUUUUGACGUCAACAUGUAAUGCACAGCGUGCAACACAGGGCAUGGACAUUUUUGACUAACCAACAACUGUGCAAGUUGAGCCUGAGCUCAUUUUUAAAACAGUAUAAAUGAUGUAAUAUUAGUUUUGGUUCGCUCUGUUUGCCCAUUGACUUCUGAAGAAAUGUGAGGCAGAAAGGGUAAAAUAGCAGAGCUAUUUGAACAAAAGAAACUUCUAAUAUGGAUGCCAGAGAGACCUGACACACACAAGCACACUCCACAUGGCAGUGCUUGCAUUGCUAGCUAGAUUUCAGCUAAUGUCUUUACAACUGUUAUAUAGGUCAUUGGCAGUUUGGAGCAAACAGAUAAACAGCUGUCAGAUGCAUGUGGAUAACUCAAUAUUCACAUUCAGUCUGAACACACCUUUGAAAUAGACCUCUACAACCUGGUCAAACUGUCUGUCUGCGGCUCUGCUUUUUUAGCAAAAGAACUUCUGAAAGAACUAAAUAUUCUAUUCCUUGAGUCUAGUGAAGAGUUUUACAUAUUUUUAUGUCCUGUCUUGAUCCCUAAAAAUAGAUUUAUUGUAUUGUAUUUUUGCUGCAUAUAUUUAUGAAUUGAGCAAUGCUUUUAAAUCCUUAAAGCUUUUAUUUGUAAAGGGUUUAUAUUGUGUCAGAAUGACUGAAUAUGAAGUGGAAGUCUGCAAUGUUUUUUAGGAGAUGACUUCUGUGUGUGCAUGUGUGUGUUUUAUAGCUAUCAGCUAGUAAGAGCUUCCUUUAGUUUGACUUAUAGCUCCAAAACAAGCUCACUCACUAGUUUCUCCAUUUAACUCAACCUGAAUCCGCUGUCAAAUAAAGGUGCAUUCAAGUCAACUCAGAAAUGGAAGACUUUAACUGCCAGGGUGAAAUAAUACCAGGUGAGUGGAAUGCUAGUCAGUUUAGCAUCAUUAUAUUUUUUGGUUGUGCUUUAGGCUUUGAUGUGUUUACACUACUGUGUUACAGUAUAAAUAUACAACAAAGGAUCAAACCACCUUGGUAGCUGAUUAACUACAUUUGAGCUGUGAGUCACUGUGCAACCUGAAACUGUUUUGAUACAUAUGAUGUAGCUUGUAUCUGUAUAUUUGGAGGUUCAACUCUAUCUUAGUAUAAUACUACAGUUCAUAUGUACAUUAAAAUAGUUGUUGGUUGCUGUUUUCCUCCUCUUCAUACUGGCUGUGUAUUUUGUCUGACAUAUUCAUAAAUAAGUGUUUGGCCAUUGACAUCCACGGCCUUUAAAUGAUGUUGUUAGAUCAAGGGUGAGGCAAUAUCAUGAGUUUGCCAUUGUUUCUCAAACUACCUUUUCCGAAGUUUAUUUAGUGAUUUAGUCUGUCCAGUACAACAAAAGAGAACAUAGUGGCAGAUUUUUCUAUAGGCAACACAGGUGGCUGCCUAGGGCACCACCCAGAGGGGGGGAACUGAUUAGAAUUUGGUGGUCAAACGUCAAUGUGACCUCACAGAAAAUGUUUUUGACCAUAAUUCAGGAAUUCAUAAGCUCAUUAUUACAGUAUUUUACAAAAAUGUCUAAUUGGAUAAAAUGAUGAAGUGCUGGAAUUUUAUAUCCAAAAGGUCAUCAUAAUGUUCUGCAAAAAUACUUUUCUGGCAUUAUUCAAUGUCAUAUCUCAGGAAUAGAAGGGGAGACAUUUGGUCAGAUACUGAAUUGGUGACACUAAUCUUGGGUGCCCACCUUACCCAGGGCACCAAAUGUGCUGGGUCAAGCACUGAGAGAAUGACAUAUACAGCAAAGAUGUGUGAAUUAUCUGCACUCUGGGACUCUGUCCUCCCACGCCAAUGGAAUUUUCUUCUAGACUGUAACUCUAGAAGAUUUCCACUUGAUUCGGCUUACUUAAAUUGCAGAGACCCCAUAAUAGCUGCAGUUUUGCCCAGAAUUAGUCUGGGAAUGUUUGUUGAGCAUCUGUUCUAUUGUGUUCACGCUAGGGGGAGAUCCAUUUAGGGCAAGCAUGGAGAGGAGGAUUGAUUCCAGUAAACAGUAACUGUUUCAGUGCACCUAUAGCAUGUGGGUGUUACAUUAAGGUAGAAAAAUCUGAACAUAUUCUUUAAGAGCAAAAAUCUUAGAGCUGUGAUGUCAUGAGAUUCUGAGAUGUAUUGAAUGCACAAUAAUAACUGCUAUGUCUGAAGCAGGGCAUGUUGUCAUGAUGUUCCUGUGUUAGAUAUUCUGUAUGAUAUCACAUAUUACACACUACAUGCACUCAGUGUUUGCCCUGUGAUUUGGGCUGUUAUAUUCACAUCCAUACCUGAUUCAGCUCCUGUUUUAGCCUCAGUGCAGUCAGCUUUACUAUAUAAGAUACUUUAUUACUCCACAACUUUACUUUAAGUUUUUAGAAGACAGUGCAUUUAGUCAUUAAGUUCUUUAACAUUUCUGGAUUUCUCUUGUCAGGUGUGGUAGAGUUCAUGAAUACAAAGGGUGACACUACAUGCUACUUGCUAGAAUAUUCUGUAUGGUCUCAUAGAAACAGCUGUCCAUACUAUUAUAGCUUUUCCUCACUAGCCUAACAUAAUUUAUUCUGGCUCUGUUUAUUACUUAGUUUAUUUGCCUUGAGUUUUAGUCUAUUAUUGCCAAAUUAAAGCUCUGGUGAUGACAUCUUCAAUAAACUCCUGAAACCUUUUGU